CCGCCGCCCGUUUCUCCACCAUGGUACGCCGCGCCGCGGUCGACGCUCCCGGCCGCGACCCCGCCCCCGGGCGAGGCGGAUCCUCUCGUCGUCGCGGCGUCCGAGAUUGCGCUCGGCCUCCCCUUCCACCCAGCGCCGCUCCCGGCCGCCGCGCCCGCGCCCUUGCUCCGCCUCCUCCCGGCCUUCACCCCCACUCACUUUCUCUCCCUACUUCGCCGCAACCCGCUCGCCCUCCAGCCGCUCCCGCUCCUUUCCCUCUUCCGCGUCCUCCUCGCCUCGCCGCCGGGCCUCUUCCGUCACACCCCAGCCUCCUUCCUCUCCAUGUCUCACCUCCUCAUCGCCCACCGCCUCUCUCACCUUGCACUCCCCCUCCUCCGCCUUCUCGUCUCCCGCCUUGGCCGCGACUCCCCGCCGCGGCUACUCCCGCUACUUGUCUCCGCAGCCUCAACCGACGACCCGGCGCCUCUCGUGUCCGCUGUCGCCAAAGUAUACGCCGAUGAGGGCCUCCUACCCGAUGGAUGCUCCCUCCUCCUCCUCGCGCUCCGCCGUGGCAUCCGCGUCCCCAUGCCAGCGUGGUCCGAUCUCAUGAAUCGGCUCCCAUCUGUUCCCGAAGCCUACGCCUUCUACCUGCACCUGCUCGACGCCGGCGUGCCCCCGGAGGCCAGGCAGUUUAACAUGCUAAUGCGUGACAUGAUUAGAUCAGGCAAACUUGCCAGUGCGCGGAACGUGUUCGAUGAAAUGUUGAGGAGGGGUGUGCAGCCAACGGUAGUGACCUUCAACACCUUGAUGUCUGGGAUGUGCAAGGCGUCCGAUCUGAACAACGCAAAUGCUCUGCGAGGCCUAAUGGCAAAGGCAGGAAUCGCACCAGAUGUGUACACCUAUGGUGCUUUUAUACAGGGGCUGUGUAAGACAGGGAGGAUACAAGAUGCAAUGGAGAUGUUUGAGGAAAUGUGUGAGAGAGGUUUGAACCCCAACACUGUUGUGCUCACUACAUUGAUAGAUGCACAUUGCAAGGAGGGGGAUGUGACAGCUGGGUUGGAGUUGCGCUGGGAGAUGGCCACAAGGGGUGUCAAGGCGGAUUUGGUGGCAUACAAUGCUUUGGUGAAUGGUUUUUGCCGAGUGCGUGAUAUGAAAGCAGCCAAUGACAUUGUGGAGGAGAUGAGAAAGGAUGGUCUCAAGCCGGACAAGGUUACUUACACCACCCUCAUCGAUGGUUGCUGCAAGGAGGGGGAGUUAGACACAGCAAUGGAGAUGAAACAAGAGAUGUCAGACGAAGGGGUUGCGUUGGAUGAUGUCACAUACACUGCGCUCAUCUCUGGACUGAGCAAGGCUGGCCGUUCAGUUGAUGCAGAAAGGAUCCUAUGUGAGAUGAUGGAGGCUGGUUUGCAACCUGACAACACGACAUACACAAUGGUGAUUGAUGCCUUUUGUAAGAAUGGUGAUGUGAAGACAGGCUUUAAACAUCUGAAAGAGAUGCAGAAUAAGGGCAAAAAUCCAGGAAUUGUGACAUAUAAUGUGGUUAUGAAUGGCUUCUGCAGUCUGGGGCAGAUGAAGAAUGCGGACAUGCUUCUGAAUGCCAUGCUUAAUAUUGGGGUGUGCCCAAAUGAUAUAACAUACAACAUUCUUUUGGAUGGGCAUUGCAAGCAUGGAAAAGUUAGAGAUACUGAAGAACUGAAGAGUGCAAAAGGAAUGGUUUCAGAUUUUGGGGUUUAUACUUCACUAAUCAAUGAAUUUGUCAAGAAAAAGUCAGCUAAGAGUUACCAUGAUAAUGGAUAGCUUGGUGGGUAAAGAUACUUAUUUUGCUUCCUACCUGUGACAACAUCAGAGCUUCAAGGUUGACAAGGCAACAUGAAUAUGAUUUCCACACUCAGAUUGAUAUAUAUGGUAAAAGUACCUUAUUGGGCAGUGAGCACACAUACUCGGCUUGGAAGUUUACUGUCAGGGAGGGGGAAAGCGGAUAUUCUAGCAAAUCAAGGUAUAAUAGGUUUCAUGAUUCUUUGUUUAGUCAAAGGAUCUUGAUGAGAAAUAUUGUCUAGAUCUAGAUCUGAGAUGUCUUAGCAAUUGGUCUAUCUGGUGCAUGGCUGUGGUUAGUUUCCGUAUUUGGCAAUUUAGAGACUAAAACGGAAUAAAAUGAAUGGACUAAAAAUUAGUCCCUAGAAACCAAACGCCCCCUUAAUUUGCUUGUCAUCAUGGUUGAAUAUGUAGUGUAGUAUCAAGUUCAAUCUUUACUUAACCAAAGUGAGGCACAUGGAUAUUUUAUUUAUUAUUAGCUUCCCCUAUAUUUUUUUUCUCGAACAACGCAAGAGAUCUGCGUAUCAUUUCAUUUAAGAAGAGAAAAACAAAAGUCCGACAAAGCCAGACCGGAUACAACAACACACUCACCCACCCACCUAAGGACGUGCCAAGCGGUCCAAAAAAACACGACCAGAAAAGAUCUAACAAGGAUCAACCAUUGUUGGAAAGCGACCCAGCCAAGAGCUCCUGCAGCUUAGAAGCUCCAGUCAUGCACCAUAAAUUGCAUUCUUGUGCAAUUCUCCUAAGAAGGUCAGGUAUGCAUGGCCUGCCAUUCUAAAAAACACAACUAUUUCUAUGUUUCCAUAUUUCCCAAGCUGCAAGGAUGAUCAGAGAGUUCAGCCCUCUACACUUUUCCUUUGGCGCCACACGAGUCACCUUACUCCACCAUUUAGGAAAAGAAAAAUCAGCCAAACCAGGAGCUAGGUUUGGAACAUGCAGGGUCUGGAGUAUGCGAAACCAGACUGUCCGGAGAAACUGCAGCCGACCAGAAGGUGGGUGAUUGUCUCCGCGACCUGAUCACAGAAAGGACCAGCCCUAGGAUGGGGUAAUCCUCUUUUGGACAGUCUAUCUGCUGUCCAACAGCACUUUCUUGAGCACCAACUAAAUAAAGAAUUUGCAACGAAGGGGAGCCCAGCUUUUCUAGAUUUUCUUCCAAGGUGAAAAACGGAUGGUUCCCAAGAAGAAGGCUGCAUAGGCAGACCGACUGGUGUAUUCUCCUGAAUCUGUCAACUUCCAUCUAAAAGUAUCUGGAACAUCUUGUUGAAGAACUACCCCUUGCACUUGGUCCCAAACCUGGACAUAUUCCACAAGUAAUGGUAUGGUUACGGCCCUUUUUAUAUCAGCCACCCACUUGUGGUUAUAUAUAGCUUCUGCUACAGUUCUUUUGUUAAUCACUCGUCUUGCAAUGUUUUGGAUCAAAUGAGGAGCCAAAUCAGCAAUGGAAGUUUCGUUCAACCACCUAUCCUUCCAGAACAGAAUGUUUUCCCCAUUACCCAGUACUGGAGCUAUUGCCAUGUUAAACAAAGCAGUAGCAUUCCGAGGAGCCUCAAUUUGGAAACCAACCCAAGGACGAGGACGGUCCACUUUAUUGGCCCACAACCAACGAACCUUCAGAGCCCCUAUAUUUAUUCAAAAUCGAAUAAGAGUAGGCUAGCAUUUUUUUCUAGAAUAGACGGGAGAGCUGCGUAUCAAUAAUAUUAAGGAGAUAAAAGAGGUCCAAAAUAGACUAGCAUUGGGCUCUGCAAUUAAUAAUUUAAUGGGAUGUACCAAAGGAGGAGAAUUACGACUUCCUUAGUUUAUUGCAGCCUACUGAAAUUUUGGUUACCAAAUGCUUGAUGCUUUCAACAAGACAACAACUAUCUAGCUUGAACUGCCUUCUCCAUCCCAUAUGCUGCCGCUGAAGCAAGUGCUCCAAUGAUAGCAGUGCACUGAUGAGUGGCUGAUUCCCAGUAAAACGACCCUUGAUGUAGCCAAAGAAAAGUAGUGCGACCAAUGUGACUUCAACGGAUGUGGGCAUGACUUUCUGGGAUGUGGAGACGAACAUGUAGAGCAGGAGAGGGACCGAUCCACCGAUCACAUAAGAUAAUGUGAUUGUAAAAAAGCACUCUGCAGAGCCCUUUUAGGAUCUGGUUUCUCCAAUCCUAGCUCAAACCUGAACACGUUUCCCUGUUUUAUGAAUUACUGCAAAGCCAUUCAGAAGUGUAGCCAAGCUUGAGGGUUUCCCCUACCGUCGAUGACAGGGCCAUACUCCUGAGGUUCAAGCCCAUACUGCAACAUGGUCUCUCCAAUCUCAGUAGCCUCUAUAACGGAUGACCAAAUCAAGGAUUCAGAACACCAACGGGUCAGAAUGGCAGUCAUAUGCACACACACCAACUGUCAUGAGAAACGCUACAUAAUGAACUGACCUCCAUGUACCAGUGUCUGGGACGGUGAUGGUCUCCUCCUGCUCCCUUUUCAUCUCCACAUGGCGCGGGCGCAGAUCAGAAAUUCAGAAUCAUGCAUUAAUGCACACCUUUUUUUAAUUGAAAAAAAUGUGGUGUUUGUCAUGUUCUCAGAUUUGCAAGUAGAGCUCGUGCACAUGUCCAUAUCGGCUGCACAGUGCAACAUACAGGCUCAUGGCUUUCCAGUUUAGCGAUCGCUAUGCUAUGAGUACUGUUGCUAUACUCAGAUUCUCAUUUUCUGCAAAAGACGCCCGCGGAUGCUAUGGUGAGAAGUCGUGAAAGACUGAAGAACGAUCUCAAACUAAGUUUACAAAAGAGCUGAUAUGUCAUCCAACUAUGAACUACCGAAUAUACUCGUGCAUGAAUUGAAUUUA